UGAAAUUAAUAAUAUAUUUCACAUAGUUAAUAAUUUAUGUUUAUAUGAUAUAAUAUAAAUCUUUUACUGUGUAUUAAGACUUUUCAGAUUCAAUUCAUUGAAUCGGUAUUUCGUCAUGAGCUUUUGAAGCAUUCUAGUGCGGUAUUUCACCGGUUCUUCUUCUAUAAAAUAUAGGUACAAUCGAUUGUAUCACUAUGGAGAAAAUGAACGAUGGUUCAAGUAUUAAAUGCGUUCCCGCCAUCAAUUUUGUACAGAAAAUUACUGUGUACGAAUCGAAAACUCGAUAUUUUGUCGUUGGAUCGAAUAAUGCACGAACAAAGUACCGUAUUUUAAAAAUUGAUCGUACAGAAGGCCACGACUUGAUGGUUGUUGACGACCAAGUGGAGUAUUCUGAACAAGACAUGAUAAAUGUAUUAAGAAUGGGCAUACAUAAAAAUUUGAGGUUAAAUAAAAUAGCAUCGGCUUUUGGCAUCGUUGGUUUUGUCAGGCUGCUUGAAGGAUUUUAUAUGAUUCUUAUUACUAAACGUCGAAGAGUGGCGGUUAUUGGACAGGAAAUAAUCUAUAAAAUAGAAAAUACAUCCAUGAUAUAUAUUCCUAAUGAUGCAUAUAGGAUUCCAAAUAUUAAUGAACCCAGGUAUUUGAAAAUUUUUCAGAGUGUGGAUUUAUCAAGCAACUUCUAUUUUAGUUACAGCUACGAUGUCACUCAUACUCUUCAGGUCAAUUUGGCUAUUGCUCAAAACAUUCCAAAGUCUGAAAAUUCCAGUGGCGAUAAACUAUUUGUUACUCGAAGUAAACCAAACAAAAUAUUUGUUUGGAAUGAUUAUUUAUUAAAAGACGUCCGAGAUAAAUUGCAUCCAGAUUGGAUUUUGAACAUAAUGCACGGUUUUAUAAGCCAAACCAAUUUGUCGAUUUUCGGCCGUCCAAUAUAUAUUACAUUAAUCGCAAGAAGAUCAAAUAGAUACGCCGGAACGAGGUUUCUCAAGAGAGGAGCAAAUACAAAUGGAGAGGUUGGAAACGAAGUUGAAACGGAACAAAUAGUACAAGACGUCGGAGUGAGUUGUAAGAAUUACAUGUACAUUAGUUCUUUCUUGCAAAUGAGGGGAUCGGUGCCUGGAUUAUGGAGUCAGGACAUGACGAAAAUGGUACCGAAACCGACAAUUAUAUUUGAAUUGCCCGAUCCGUUUCAUGAAAUAUCUGGUGCGCAUUUCAAUAACAUCUACAAAAGGUACGGAUCUCCAAGCGUUAUAAUUAAUUUGGUUAAGAAGCGUGAAAAAAAAGUUCACGAGUCACAGCUAAGCGAUCAUUUAUCUUCGUCCGUAAGGUAUCUGAAUCAAUUUUUACCGCCCAGCCAUCAUAUUCAGUAUAUAAGUUUCGACAUGGCCAGAAUGAACAAAAGUAAAGAUGUAAAUGUUAUGAGACGCCUCGAUGAAAUAGCUCGUAUGGCUAUCAAUAAAACAGGUAUAUACAUUAAUAGUCCUCGCAUUGUAGCAAAGCCAUCGUUCGGGCAUGAAAAAGACGGCAUUAUUCUACAGACUGGCAUUAUCAGAGUGAACUGCGUCGAUUGUUUAGACCGAACCAACACGGCACAAUUUGCCCUUGGAAAGUGCGCACUGGCGUACCAAUUGUAUUAUUUAGGUAUACUGGAAACUCCUUCGAUAGAAUACGACACAGACUGCGUUCGGUUAUUAGAAGUAUCUUACGAAGACCACGGCGAUACGUUAGCCUUGCAAUACGGUGGAUCUCAAUUAAUUCAUCGUAUUAAAACCUAUCGUAAAACCGCCCCGUGGACAUCGCAAGGCAAUGAUAUCAUGCAGACGUUGAGUCGUUAUUACAGCAAUACCUUUUCUGAUACUGAAAAACAAAACGCGAUUAAUUUGUUUUUGGGAUUGUUCGUGCCAAACGAAAAUCAACCCGCAAUAUGGGAACAAAACUAUGACUAUUAUUUACAUCAUCCAGAGACCGUGGUGUAUUCCUCUAAUUCUAACUCACCGUUGACUCAGUGGUGGGACGAUUGUGUUUUGGAUUGUUUGCCUCUAUCUUGCAUGGAGAACACAAAACAAUGUUCUGAAUUAUAUCCGUCGGUUACAUUGAAGGCCGACGAACACGAUAGUUUCGCUUCGUUCUACAGAUUAGACGAGUUCAGUGUGAUGUCCGAGAGUUAUGCAUUUGAAAUAAAUCAUUCUGUCAGAGAUUUUAUGCCAAAUUGUGUAACAGAUUUUAGUCCGUUUUCGAUGAGAAUCAGGCCGGGCAGAAAGUGGGAGCAAAUAUCGGACAAAACCAAAAAUCCAUCAAUGACUGGAAGUUCUUCUACAAAUUCUAUAAAUUCGAGUAGCAGUUGUGGAACUAGCGAAAGCGAUGAUGAUACUAACUUUUCUAAACGCACCGAAUCUCUUAACGCAGUGUCUAAAGAAAAUUCGGCGACGUUCGAUUUGCAAGUCGAGCAGAUAAGUAACUAUGGAAUUAAUUUGGCCUCGAUAAAACCAAAUGAUAUUGCCAUCUAUAAAAAGUAUGUACUGAUGGCGAGUAACCCAUCGACUGUUAUAUCUGUCGUACAAAACGUUCAACCGAGGUACGACAGUUCGUUUAGCGUUGCCGUACCGGUAGUCAGUAGCUCUACUACACAACUCUACGCUUCAUACGUAGAAAAGGGAUUAAACGGUAUAACCAAAUGUAAUGACGCUACUAUAUUUGAGUAUAGGAAUUACGUCCAAUGUAAUAAUUAAUGUAUAAUAAUUAUUGGCAUAAGACAACUCGAAUUUUUUUUAAGCAGACUAUAUCAAACUACUAGUUUUUGGUUGACAAAUAAUGUGCAUUUUAUUUUAUUUUAAGAAUAGUAACGUUGGUCAUUUAAAUGUGUUUGUAUGUCAUUUAUUACUUUGAUGUAUUGAAUUUGUUAAA